UUCAGAACGUGGAAGUAAGGGAUGGGGGUGUCUGUCGGUGGGGCGCGAUCGAAGAAACCAAACUGGAGUGAUCUUGAAUGCGUCCGUAACCACCGCAAGGGCGAGAAGCGGUCGCAGGUUCAGGUCGCUCAACGCGGCAGGCGUGCCCUCGCGUGUUCACUGUGCCGUGCCAUUGCACGAUGGAGCGGGGGGUGGCACGUGUGCUUGUUGUACCCCAACGUUUCGACAGUCGCUGUGCACGCAAGCUGCUCAAGGGAGAGGUCGGUGUUGAGGGCAACGCCGCUCGCCAACCUGGAUGGACAGGGCGAUGUAUUGUGGACGUUCACGUGGGUUGUAGCUGUGCAAUCUACCGAAUCGUAUCUUCCAACGCGGACCGAUUGGAAGCCGACACGCUUUAGUGGAGAAAAUCUCUGCAUCUACCGAUGUCCUCUAGGUCGUGAAACGAUGCGGAAGUCAGACUGCCUUGCCGUGCUGAUGAUGUAACAAAGGACGUGAAACCUUUUGAACAUGAGCAGAAGAGAUCCGAACGGCUCGUUAUAGGCG